GCCUCCUCGGAUUUCACUUUAAACACAACUCCAUUUCUGCUUGUGAAGUGUGGCCUCCACUUUCUUCUAGCAAUCUCUGUGCUACUUGUGUGUGUGUGUGUUUCAGCUUCUCCAAUCAGUAUUUUGUUGUGAUAGUUAAAGGAUAUGCAAGGAGGAUUCAGAGCGUUUGUAUCACAUGGAAGCAUUGUGAAGAAUGCAGUCCUCCAACAUGUGCGGUUGGUGAACCCUCUGGUGCGACCAUUGACACGUCUCGAGUCAACUUCAGCUGCUCGUAUUGAAGAACACGGUUUCGAAAGCACCACGAUUUCCGAUGUCUUGAAAGGAAAAGGAAAAGGUGCUGAUGGCUCCUGGCUCUGGUGCACCACUGAUGAUUCUGUCUAUGAUGCUGUCCAAUCGAUGACACAACACAAUGUUGGUGCUUUGGUUGUGGUUAAACCUGGCGAGCAAUCAUCCAUUGCCGGAAUUAUCACAGAAAGAGAUUAUCUCAGAAAAAUCAUUGUCCAAGGAAGAUCAUCCAAGUCAACCAAGGUCGGAGAUAUCAUGACCGAAGAGAACAAACUUAUCACUGUUACGCCCGAUACCAAAGUUCUGAAAGCAAUGCAGCUAAUGACAGACAAUCGUAUCAGACACAUUCCGGUGAUCGACGACAAGGAAAUGCUGGGGAUGGUUUCCAUUGGAGACGUGGUUCGAGCUGUGGUGAGUGAACACAGGGAGGAGCUCGACCGUUUGAAUGCAUUCAUCCAGGGUGGCUACUAGAAACGGGUGGUGAACUGUAAGCCGGGGUUAUGGCGACCGGUAUGUUCUGUUCAAUAACGAGCUAGUCAUGUUAGGAGUGUGUAAAUAUUUUCGCGUUUCUUUCGCUGCAAUCGAGGACGUUAUAUACUCGAGAGACUCGAUAAUAACAAACUUUUAACUGUUUGAAGCCUUUUAUACUCGUUUCUUACACUUCGAAUAGUUGUCCUCAUGUUGACAAUUUCAAAUGCUUGAACACUUUU